GUCUCAUUUCAUAAGUUGAUACGGAGAAGUUUGUCUGCAACAGUUUUACCACAAUAUCGUAUCCAAUAUGGCCUUCUCUAUAGCCAUGCCCUGGAAUGCCGGCGAGGAACGAAUGCAUGAGUUGAUGCGUGUCCCAGAAAAUGACAAUCCCACCUCAACGAUGUUAACACCUCGAGCGACACACUUGCUCCAAAUAUGCCCGCUGCUGGCGGUUGGGACUCUAGAUGAUCAAGGCAGGCCCUGGACCACGAUAUGGGGAGGGGAGCCCGGUUUUGGGACGUCCCUAGGUUCAUCCAUGAUUGGCAUACGAACACUGGUCGACGCCAGGUACGAUCCCGUGGUUGAGGCUCUGAAUUCCGGAAAAGCGGACGGCAAAGUGGUUCAAGAAGUAGGAAGCGGACGGAUGAUCGGAGGACUGGCGAUAGAUCUCGACCAACGAAGGCGAGUGAAACUAUAUGGUCGACUUGCGGCAGGUGCCUUGGACCGAUCUGGUGACCUUGAAUACCAUAAUAUUGGCCAAAUCCAGAUGGUUGUGCGGAUCGAGCAAAGUAUAGGGAACUGUCCGAAGUACCUCAACCGAAAAGUCAUUCGGCCAGCACUGAGCAAACCAAGACUUCUCAGUGAGAGUCCUCAGCUCACCGAGGACGCUUUACGCCUUCUGGAACGAUCAGACAUGUUGUUCAUUACCAGUGCAAACAAAGACUUGGAUAUGGAUACCAACCACAGGGGAGGACCUCCCGGCUUUGUACGAGUCUUGUAUAAUGGAGAAGAUGGCGCCGAGAUCGUGUAUCCAGAGUACAGUGGCAACAGACUUUAUCAGACUCUCGGAAAUCUCCAAAUCACGCCAGUCGCAGGCCUGGUGUUCCCUGACUUCGUGUCGGGAGACGUGCUGUAUGUGACCGGGAAGACAGAAAUCCUCAUCGGCAAAGCUGCCGCGGACGUCCUUCCACGAUCGAACUUAGCCGUAAAAGUCAAGAUCAUCGCCGCCAGACUAGUGGAACAGGGUUUACCGUUUAGAGGCAAGCCGGGAGAGUACUCUCCGUACAAUCCGUCGGUACGGCUGCUAGCAGCAGAGGGAACACUCGCAGCAAAUUUCGGCAGGCCGGAAACCCGAGCGACUCUGGUUGAGAAAGAGAAAAUCACUCCGACGAUUACUCGGUAUCGGUUCUCGACUGAUAAGCCGAUAAACUUUAGCCCGGGACAAUGGGUUGCCUUGGAUUUCGCGCCGGAACUCGACCUGGGCUAUUCUCACAUGCGAGACGACGAUCCUUCGAGCUUGAAUGACGAUUUCAUCCGGACCUUUACCGUUUCAUCAUCUCCAACAUUAUCUGGGAGCAACCAAGCUGGAACUUUCGAGAUCACGGUUCGCGCUGUUGGUAGAGUCACAACCUUCCUCUCGCAAAAGAAUCCCAGGGCCAUGUUGGAGGUACCGAUUCGAGGUUUCGGAGGAGAACUCUCCAUCAAAGACGGCUCUGAAGGAUCGGAUAUCCCUUUUAUAGCAGGAGGUGUUGGAAUUACCCCCUUACUUGGACAACUCGAUUCUAUUGAUCGAAGCCGAUUGAGGCUGUUCUGGACAUUGCGAGCCGAAGAUGUUGGGCUCGCUGCAGCGCUUCUGAGACAUUAUCCCGAUGUGCAAAUGUCUCUCUACAUAACUGGGAGCAGGCUGAACGAAUCUGCGAUUAAGGAUUCUUGGGAGUUAUUGCAACAUGGGAAUGGGAAAAUCAUGACGAGACGGUUUGAGAAAGCAGACUUUGAGGGCAUUGAUUCGAGCGUUUGGUAUCUCUGCACCAGUGUUCCACUGAGGGCGGUUCUGUUGGAAUGGCUUCAAGGAAAGAACGUUGUUUAUGAAGACUUCAACUUCUAAUGUUCAUAAAGAUAUACAUACUGUAAUCUGUAUGCAACCGACGUCCAGUUGAGUUCUUGAAUUUGCCGUUUCAGCAUGGGCGAUUGCG